AUGCAAUUUAAUAGAACGUAUGUAAUAAAAGAUAACAUGUCGUAUAAAGCCAUAUCUCAGUCUUCACCUUCUGAUGUGCGUGAUGGUUACACUGAGCAGCAACAACAGCAAUAUACAAAAUAUUUGAGACAGUUACUAGGUGAAUUUCAAGGAAGAUGGUGUAAGAAAUCAAAAUCUUCAAUAAACUUUGGUGAUCUCGAUCACAUAAGAACUCUAGGUACUGGCGCAUUCGGAAGAGUUGUUCUAGUGCGACACUCGAACACAAAUAAAUAUUAUGCCAUGAAAGUGUUGGAAAAAGAAAAGGUAAUAAAAAUGAAGCAGGUCGAUCACACGCUGUACGAAAAGCGUAUACUAGAAGCAAUUAGAUUUCCUUUUACUGUAUCAAUGGAGAAUUGUUUCAAAGACAACAGUUAUAUUUAUUUCAUAAUGCCGUUUGUCCCAGGUGGUGAAAUGUUCACGCAUCUUAGAAAAAUGGGAAAAUUUGAAGAACCUCUUGCGAAAUUCUACGCAUGUCAGGUUGUACUGGCAUUGGAGUAUCUGCAUUUUUGCAAUUUAGUCUAUCGCGACUUAAAGCCUGAAAACAUUUUGAUCGAUAAAACUGGAUACUUAAAAAUAACCGAUUUUGGAUUUUGUAAAAUAUUACAAGGGAGAACAUGGACACUGUGCGGCACGCCUGAAUAUCUAGCACCAGAAUUGAUUUUAAGUAAAGGUUAUGGAUUUUCCGUUGAUUGGUGGUCAUUUGGUGUUCUAUUGUUUGAAAUGAAUGCUGGUUAUCCUCCAUUUUAUGCAAGUGAACCAAUGAAGACAUAUGAAAGAAUUGUAGCUGGAAAAUAUAGAUGUCCAUCUGGUUUCAAUUCGGAUUUACGAGAUCUCAUUCGGAACACGCUACAAGUUGACAUUAGUAAACGAUUUGGGGUGAUGAAAAAUGGAGUAAUGGAUUUUAAAAAUCAUAGAUGGUUUAAGGGAAUUGAAUGGGAAGCAAUUUUAAAUUGUCGAUGGCCAGCUCCAUUCGUUCCUAAGUGUAAGCAUUCAGGAGAUUCAACGAACUUUGACCAUUGUGAUGAGGAGCCAUUACAACCGGCUUCAUAUUGUCGUUUUGAAUCAGAGUUCAUAGAUUUUUAA